GAUCGAGUUGCACGGACUCAGACUCACGACUGCCCCUCGCGGCGGAGGAUCGCAGCUACGCAAUCACGUGAAUGCACGCAGCUGCUCAACCUCGACGCAGCAUGCACUCGUGACUUGGACUCAAACUCCAAAACCCGUGCAACUCCUGCUUCAGCUCCCUCAUCACCGCACUCCAACAGGCCCGUUACAAGCGGACAGGAUCUCAAGCAGCAGACUAGGCAGAGACCGCACAACUUUGAUCGGCUGGAUUGGAAGGGAGCUGAGGCUGCAGAGCAGAGUGUGCGCUCAAGAUGGUGCAACAAGUAGCGUUCAGCGUGGCCGAGUCGGCCCACAUCUCCGCCCAGGCAUUUACGCCCGAUAUUCCGGUCUCCCUAUUGCCGUACCUCGCUACGCUGCUCCUUUCGCUCGCCUUCUUGCUCGGCUUCUACUUCACAACGGUUGCGCAGUCGUCAGAAGGGCAUGACAUUCUGUGUGGCGCCUGCAAGCACUUUGAUGAAGGAAACUUCGGGCAGGCAGCCUAAUUGCAUGCUGACACCGAGCACUUCCCAUUUCGCUUUGCAUCCUUCCAUCCUCGAACGAUCAUACGCCACUCCGUUCGGCGAUCACGACGAUCAAGUCUUCCAAAAACUUCGAUCAUCUCAGCAAAGGAGAUAAUCGUUGCGCUCCUAGCCAGCCUUUGCACGGGAUUCGGUACAGUGGCGCUCUUCAAUACUGUGGGGG